UCAGCUCCAGGCAGUGCCGGGCGGAUUCCCCACGGCGAGGACGCCAGGGCGGCUCCACAGCUCCCGCCCAGACCCCCAGCCUGGGCCAAGAGCAGCCACUCAUCUCACUCCCUCCGUUCCUCCGGGAGCCCACGAGGGAGCCCACCGCCACCAGCCUGCGGGAGGAGCAUGUGGGGACCGACUGCGGACUCUGUGGCACAGGUGCUGGCUCUGUCGGGACCAUGCCUGUGACCUUUGCCCUCUUGCUCCUCCUGGGCCAGGCCACCUCAGAUCCGUGCUACGAUCCUGGCGGCCGUCCCCGCUUCUGCCUCCCGCCAGUGACCCGGCUGGCCAGUGGUGGAGCCGCCUCCUGCCCUCAGGCCUGUGGCCUCUCCCCAGGGAUGGGCUCUGGCCCCGGGGCUACUUGCAAUGGCAGCCUGACCCUGGACCUGGAUGGCCCCUUCCUCCUGACGUCCGUCAGCCUGCGCUUCUGCACCCCAGGGCCCCCAGCCCUUGUUCUGUCUGCUGCCUGGGCCGCUGGGGGUCCUUGGAGGCCUCUGUGGCGCAGAGCCGCCUGGCCCGGAGCCUUGGGGGGCCCCGAGAGGGUGACCUUCCGCUCCCCAGCAGGCCCUAAGGCCAGGGUGGUGGCACGCCACCUCCGUGUGGAGUUUGGGGGCCGGGUAGGGCUGGCAGCAGCUGGAGUGAGAGGCCGCUGCCAGUGCCACGGUCACGCUGCCCGCUGUGCCACCCGUGCCCGGCCUCCCCGCUGCCGCUGCCGCCACCACACCACUGGCCCAGGGUGCGAGAGCUGCCGCCCAUCUCAUCGCGACUGGCCUUGGCGACCUGCCACACCCCAGCAUCCCCAUCCUUGUCUGCCCUGCUCCUGCAACCAGCACGCCCGCCGCUGCCGCUUCAGUGCUGAGCUGUUCAGGCUGUCGGGUGGCCGGAGUGGGGGUGUGUGUGAGCGGUGCCGCCACCACACAGCAGGACGCCACUGCCACUACUGCCAGCCUGGGUUCUGGAGGGACCCCAGCCAGCCCAUCACCAGCCGCAAGGCCUGCAGGGGUGAGUGCAGCGUGAAGCCAGCCUGCCAGUGCCACCCGAUUGGGGCCACAGGAGGUACCUGCAACCAGACCAGUGGACAGUGCGCCUGCAAGUUAGGGGUCACAGGCCUGACGUGCAACCGCUGUGGGCUGGGCUACCAGCAGAGCCGCUCCCCCAGGAUGCCCUGCCAGCGAAUUCCAGAGACCGCUACCCCUCUUGCCACUACCCCUGCUACUUCAAGCUCUGACCCUCAGUGUCAAAACUACUGCAACACCUCGGACAGCAGGGUCCGCAUGAGCCUUCGGAGGUACUGCCAGCAGGACUACGUGGAGGCCGCGCUGGGCCCGCCCGCUGCGGAGGCUGCAGCAGGAGGAGCGCGCCGGCGGCUGCCGCGGUCUGAAGCCCUCCACACCGAGCCCCCAAACUGGACACUAACCAAGGCUGGAACUGCCUCAAAAGCCACCGAAGAAACUCAGAGGCGACGCGGGAGGAACCCUCCACCUCGACGUACAUCCUUCAGGA